CCCGCCCCCAGGACCCCGCCGCUCCCCUCGGGGCCAUUCGGGGCAGUCCCGGGCGGGGGAGCCGGGCCCCUAUAAAGCCGCGGGGCCUGUACUGCUCCUGCUCCGCUAACUGCUCCUCCAGCUCCGGCUGCCUGCGGCGAUGCUGCGGCUCCUCCUGCUUCUGCCGCUCCUCAGCGCGGCUGGCACCCUGCCCACCCCGCUCCGCCGCCACCGGAGCGCCUCGCUGCUGGUCGGCCCGUACCUGACGCGCUACCUGAGCCAGCAGAUUGAUCACUUUGGGUUUGAUGAAAAUCGUACAUUCCAGCAGCGGUACCUGGUAGCAGAUCAGUACUGGAAGAAGGGCAGUGGACCAAUACUGUUUUAUACAGGCAAUGAAGGAGACAUCGAGUGGUUCUGCAACAACACGGGUUUUAUGUGGGAUGUGGCUGAAGAACUUAAUGCCAUGUUGGUAUUUGCUGAACAUAGAUACUAUGGAGAAUCUUUGCCCUUUGGGAAUGAGUCUUUCAGCGAUUCCAAGCAUCUCAAUUACCUGACGUCAGAACAAGCUCUGGCAGACUUUGCAGUACUUGUUGAGUACUUAAAGACGACCAUUGCAGGAGCCCAGCACAGUCCAGUCAUAGCUAUUGGAGGGUCUUAUGGAGGAAUGCUUGCAGCCUGGUUUAGGAUGAAGUAUCCCCAUGUGGUGGUUGGAGCUCUGGCAGCCUCUGCCCCAAUCUGGCAGUUUGGUGAUCUGGUUCCAUGUGGCACAUUUUUCAGCAUAGUGACCAAUGAUUUCAGAAAGAGCGGCACGGGCUGCUCAGAGAGCAUCCGGAAUUCCUGGAAUGCUAUUAACCACCUUUCCUCAACAGAUGCAGGUUUGCAGUGGCUUUCCAAUGCAUUUCAUUUGUGCAGCCCCUUAAAAACUCUUCAGGAUGCUGCUGUAUUGAAAAAUUGGCUGAGUGAAACAUGGGUAAACUUGGCUAUGGUGGAUUAUCCCUAUAAAGCUGACUUCUUACAGCCUCUGCCAGCUUGGCCUAUACAGGAAGUCUGCAAGUUCUUGAAGGAUCCCAGUCUCUCUGACAAAUUACUGCUGCAGAAUGUUUUCCAGGCAGUAAAUUUAUAUUACAAUUAUACAGGAGAAGUCUCAUGCUUAGAUGUGUCGCAGACUGCAACGAAGAGUCUGGGUGAAAUGGGUUGGUACUACCAGGCUUGCACUGAGAUGGUGAUGCCCUUGUGCACAGAUGGUGUCCAUGACAUGUUUGAGCCUCAGAAGUGGGACUUUGAUGCACUUUCAGAAGAGUGUUACAGGAUGUGGGGAGUGAGGCCUCGCCUCUCUUGGAUCCUUUCUAUGUAUGGAGGAAAAAACAUCAGUUCACACAGCAACAUCAUCUUCAGCAAUGGUGGCCUGGAUCCGUGGUCUGCAGGUGGGGUGACCCAGAACAUCACCAAUUCCCUCGUGGCAGUUGUGAUCCCAGAUGGAGCCCAUCACCUGGACCUACGCAGCCGUAACCCAUUGGACCCCAAGUCUGUACAGCAGGCUCGAGCCAUGGAGAUCUGCCUCAUGAAGGAGUGGAUUGAAAAGGCCAGGCACAGCCACUGAAGUGGUACUGCAACAACUGUGGCCAUUAUACCUCUCUUGGCUUUGCUGAGAGCAGGACCAGGCCUUGUGAUAUGGUCACUGGAGCAUUUCCCUCCUGCUUCCUCACCUGCACUGCAGUGGUCACCAUUAUCCAUGAGAGAGGCAGGCAGCAGAUGGAUGGAGAGCAUUCUCAGAUGAUACACUCCAGUCAAAGUGCAUGGAUUGAGCUGCCUGCUCUGGUUUGCUUUCCUCUUCUGCUCUGCUCAAAUGCUGUACUUUACUACACAGUAAUGGGUUCCCGUUCUAGGCUUGUUGCCCUUCUCCUCACUGCACUGAGUGAUUGUUCCAACAGUGGAUUGCAUGGGAGUGCUGUUGAUGGUGAAACUCCUGCUGCCUCCAGUGUGGUUGAAUUUCAGACAUCCUCUGCUACUGGAGAUAAUGAGUGAACAGAAAUCACAUCUUUCUGUGAUAUUUGGUGGAGAGGUAGGCAAGGCCUGGGGAAACUGGCUGUACUGUUUGUAAGGAAACUAAGCAGCCCUUACCCUUUUGGAAUCAGUGUUGGAGAAUAAAUAAAUAUACAACUUUUUUUCUACCUAGUUUUCCAGCAGCUUAUUAAUUGGCACAUUUUUGUAUUCUGUGCUGCACUGAAUGGUCAGGGCUGGGCCCAGACUCACUCUACUGAUAACUGUCUGAGCACGCAGAAUCUGCAUCAGGAUUCUAGUUCUUCUUUUGCUGUGAGUCCUAAUUCUGAGGUACCUGUCAAUAUCUGUGAUGAUGGUUACCAAAGAAAACUGAUCGUAUUUUGUGUGUGUAUAUGUUUGUACCCUUCACAAACACAUAGCUUUUUAAAAUCAGAAAGCUUUUGAAGCUAUUCCCUUGAAGAGCAAAUGUGACACUUGUGCUGGCUACAUCUUAAGAAGUGACAAAUAAUUGGGGCUGUGCCUUGUGUGGGUUCUUCCCUCCCUUCCAUUCUGUGUAUUGUUCAAAUUCUGCAUGAUCUGUUUGCUGAUGGCUCUUCAAUAAAAGCCUUUUAAAAAAGAAAA